AUGGCCAGCAGCAGAGUAAUUAGUGUUCUCUCAAUACUCUUGCUUUGCAUUACAAUAAUACAAGGAAGAAAAACACUUUACACUAGCAAUGAUUUUUCAGCAUCCUCUCUAAAUACUGAUGAUGGUAUCUGCAAGACUAUGGUAGAAACACAAGGUUACACAUGUGAAGAACAUAAGGUUACAACAGAGGAUGGCUACAUCCUGAGCAUGCAGAGGUUACCGGCAAGUCGGUCCGGUGAGAAAGCAAACAAACCACCGGUGUUAAUACAACAUGGCAACAUGUUUGACUCAUAUGAUUUAUUUCAGGAUGCGGUAAUAUGGUUGUUCAAUUCACCAGAUGAAUCAUUGGGAUUUAUUUUAGCUGACAGUGGAUUUGAUGUGUGGCUUGUGAAUGGUCGUGGCACAAAAUAUAGCACCAUGCACACAUCACUAAGUCCUAAUGACAAGGCUUAUUGGGAUUGGUCAUGGGAUGAAUUAGCUAGUUAUGAUCUUCCUGCUUCAGUCCAAUAUGUGUACAACAAUACUGGUCAAAAAAUGCACUAUGCAGGUCAUUCUCAAGGAACUCUAAUGGCUUUUGCUGCAUUAUCACAAGGACAACUUUUGAAUAUGUUAAGAUCAGCUGCUUUACUUAGUCCAAUUGCUCAUAUGAAUCAAAUUUCUUCAAAGGAAACAAAACUCGGUGCUGACCUCUUUUUAGCUAAUGAUAUAUAUUGGCUAGGCAUACGUGAAUUCAGUCCUAUUGAGGAUGUUGGAGCAAAGUUUUUGGAUGGCAUCUGCCACACUCUAAACUUGAAUUGCGCAAACCUAAUGGCAUUUUUCACAGGUCCGAAUUGCUGCAUAAAUUCUUCUAGGAUAGAUUUCUAUCUUCAGCAUGAACCACAACCAUCAUCAACAAAGAACUUGAUCCAUUUUUCACAAAUGAUCAGAACAGGAAACAUAGCAAAGUAUGAUUACGAUGAUCAAGCACAAAAUGUGAAGCACUAUGGUCAACGAGUUCCUCCAACUUAUGACCUGACCAAAAUCCCAAAUGAUUUCCCUCUUUUUUUUGCCUAUGGAGGUAAAGAUCAGCUAUCUGAUGUACAAGAUGUGAAGAUUUUGCUUAAUGACCUCCAAGAUCAUGAUGCUAACAAGCUCGUGCUAGAGUUCAACCAAGAUUAUGCACAUGCUGAUUUUAUUUUGAGUGUCAGUGCUAAACAAGAUGUUUAUGAUCCCAUGAUAGCUUUUUUCAACAACCAGUGAAUUUACAAUGAUUAUUGUGCUUCAAACCAUGUACA